AUGAGCAAUCUUACUUCCAUGUCCAUAUUUCUACUGUGGGAAUUCUCGGAAGUACGAGAACUACAGAUCUUACACUUCUUUAUGUUCCUAGCAUUGUACUUCACAGCCAUGGUUGGGAAUCUUCUCAUCAUUGCUGCAAUAAUCCUUGACCAUCACCUUCACACACCAAUGUACUUUUUCCUAACAAACUUGGCCAUGAUGGACAUUGGCUCUGUUUCUGUCAUCAUACCCAAAUCUAUGUCCAAUUCCAUAAUGAACAGCAGGUCCAUUUCUUAUUCUGGAUGUGCAGCUCAAGUUUUCUGCUACUUAUUCUUUGCAACAUCUAAUAUUUCUGUUCUGACAGUAAUGGCACAUGAUCGCCAUGUUGCCAUCUGCAACCCAUUACAAUAUGAGAGAAUUAUGCACAAAGGAGCUUGUAUUCAGAUGGCAGUCAUUGUGUGGAUUAUUAGUCUUCUUUAUGCUAUAGUGCAUACUUGUGGCACCUUUGCAAACACCUUCUGUUCUAAUAAUGUGAAUCAGUUUUUCUGUGAAAUCCCAAAGUUACUGAAGCUUUCCUGUUCUGACUUCUACUUAGUUGAAGUUGGGCUUCUUGUCGCAGGUUGUAGUAUAGGAACAGGUUGUUUCAUUUUCAUCAUCAUAACAUACAUGCAGUUAUUUUCUGCAGUGCUCAGAAUUCCCUCUGUUCAUGGUCAGAAAAAAGCUCUCUCCACUUGCCUUCCCCACCUCACUGUUGUCUCUGUGCUGAUGUCCAGUGGACUCUUUGCCUAUGCAAGGCCUCCCACUAAUGCUUCUGAUCUGGAUGUAGUUUUUGCUGUGAUAUAUACCACAAUUCCUCCCAUGUUGAAUCCAUUCAUCUAUAGCAUGAGAAACAAAGACAUCAAGAAUGCUUUGUGGAAAUUAUUCUAA